AUGAUCCAGGGUGGUGACUUCACUGCAUUCAACGGUACCGGCGGCGAGUCGAUCUAUGGCGAAAAGUUCGACGAUGAGAACUUCGAUCUCAAGCAUGAUCGUCCCUUCCUGCUCUCGAUGGCCAACUCCGGUCCCGGCACCAACGGCAGCCAGUUUUUCGUGACCACCGUUCCGACUCCGCACCUGGAUGGCAAGCACGUCGUUUUCGGCGAGGUGAUCAACGGCAAGAGCAUUAUCCGCAAGAUCGAGAACAUGCCGACCCAGGCCGACAAGCCCAAUGUCGACGUGACCGUGGUGGAUUGCGGCGAGCUCAAGGGCGAGGACUACGAAAAUGCCAACAAGCGCAUGCAGGAUGCCACCGGUGACCCUUACGAGGAUUUCCCGGAGGACCACCAGGGCGACGAGCUCACCGCUCCUCUUGCUUUCAAGAUUGCCUCUGAGCUGAAGGGCUUCGGUAACACCGCCUUCAAGAGCGGCGACCUCAACCUUGGCCUGGAGAAGUACCAAAAGGGUCUACGGUAUCUCAACGAGUUCCCCGAGCCUGGUGACAGCGAUCCCAAGGAGCUCGGUGAGCAAUUGAAGGCCCUCCGGUUUACUCUACACUCCAAUUCCUCUCUGCUUGCCAACAAGCUCUCCAACUUCAAGCAGGCCGAGACCUGGGCCUCGUAUGCCAUCCAGGGUGCCGAGGCUGCGAAGGCCAAGGAUGCAGACAAGGCCAAGGUUUAUUUCCGUCGUGCUGUCGCCUACGAGGGUUUGAAGCAGGAAGAGGACGCACUCAAAGAUCUCCAGGAGGCGUUGAAGCUGGCUCCUACUGAUGCUGGUAUUGCGAACGAGAUCACAAAGGUCAAGGCGGCUGUCAAGAGCCGUGAGGCGAAAGAUCGUGCGGCGGCCAAGAAAUUCUUCGCGUAA